UUUCAGGUAUGUUAGCCACUGGGGGAUCAUUCGCACGAAGGCUGAUUCAUUCUUCCUGCCGAUUGGCUUGCGAAGGAAAAACUAAAGAAGUUCCGACUCCAGAAGAGGCCGGAUACGCUUACAAUCAUGUUGAACGAAAGAAGGGAAUGUACAAACCACAACACAGUAUUGCCGAGCAGAUUUCCUAUAUGAAAAGUCGAGGAUACGCAGAGGCUUACAAAGGACUUCCGAUUUACAGAUGGUAUAAGAGAAACAUCAAGGGUCAAUCGAAACUUCAACCACCUCCAAGACUUUUCUGCAUUGAUAAACACGGCCGAUUCAAUCUAAAUCAUGCUUGUCCAGUGUGCCGUGACGAAUAUCUAUACUUCGACUACCGAAACCCAGGUCUCAUUGAACAAUUUUUGGCAGAUGGCACCGACCAACCAAUCGAUAUCCUGAAGAGUGGACUAUGUCGUGAACAGUACACGCUACUUCGUGCACAACUUCUGAAAGCAAAAGAACAUGGAACAAUCACAUUUGGAGUAGAAUUCCGAAACUUUGAUUAUCGUCAAUGGUACAAAAGCUGGACAGAUGAACCUGGAAAGCCUGUUGAGAGAGCUGGUGUACGUCUGCAAGAUAUUCAUCCAGAUCCACUUGUUCACUUCCCAACAUUCAAAAAUGACAAGAACAACGACUGGGACGAAUGGUGGAUUCGUCAUGAUAAAUUUGCCAAGAAGGCAAAGUAAUUGUUUUAAUUUUCCUAGCGUGUUCGGUUUUCAGCAAUUUUCUUCGAAUUUUAGUAGGUCUCUAUCGUAAUUUGUUAUCACUUGUUGUUGGUUCUAAUAAAAAUUGAGCUCAAUUAUUU